AUGGCCAAAACCUUAAGGUGGCAUUCUACUAACAAGAGCAAGGAUGGGAAACUCAGACACCAUGUAGACUCUGUCACUUGGGAUCAAAUGAAUGACAAAUAUCCUCUAUUUGCUGCUGAGGAAAGGAAUCUGCGGCUUGGGUUAUCAACAGAUGGCUUUAAUCCGUUUAACAUGAAGAAUAGUCAGUAUAGCUGUUGGCCUGUUUUGUUGGUAAACUACAAUCUCCCUCCACACCUAUGUAUGAAGAAGGAAAAUAUUAUGCUCACCUUGCUCAUUCCUGGUCCACAUCAGCCUGGUAACAGUAUUGACGUCUAUUUAGAACCCCUUAUAGAGGAUCUAAACUAUUUGUGGAACAAAGGAGAACCAACAUAUGAUGCAUUUAGUAGAUCUGUGUUUACGCUAAAAGCAAUGCUUCUGUGGACCAUUAGUGAUUUUCCUGCCUAUGGGAAUCUUGCUGGAUGCAAAGUGAAGGGAAAAAUGGGUUGUCCCUUGUGCGGUAAACACACAGAUAGUAUGUGGCUUAAGUUUGGCAGAAAGCAUGUUUACAUGCGUCAUAGAAAGGGUCUUCCACCAGCACAUAGGUAUCGGGUUAAAAAGGCUUGGUUUGAUGGACACACAGAACAUGGGAGAAAGUCUAGGAUUUUAUCUAGUCAAGACAUUUCACAUAUCUUGAGAAACUACAAAAAUAGUUUCGGGAAUUUUAAAGAAUCUGCGAGAAAGAGAAAAAGAACUCCAUGUGUUGAGGAAGAACAUGAUAGUGAGGGUUUAUCUAGUGAUUCUGAGGAAGAGGGAGAAGAGGAUGUAGACGAAGAGGAGUUGUCCAGAUGGAAGAAAAGGCACAAUUUGGAUGUCAUGCAUAUAGAGCGAAAUGUGGCUGCCAGUAUUGUCUCAACAUUAUUGCAUUGUGGGAAAAGCAAGGAUGGUUUACAUACUCAUAAAGAUCUGGAACAUCUUGGUAUAAGGAAAGAUUUGCACCCUAGUAUCAAAGGUAAAAGAACUUAUCUUCCAGCAGCUCCGUGGUCUUUAUCCAAGACAGAGAAAAAGAUAUUCUGCAAACGACUAUCUGACUUCAAGGGGCCUGAUGGGUAUUGUUCAAAUAUAUCAAGGGCUGUAUCAUUAGAAGAGUGUAAGCGAGUUAUUGAUAGAGAGCAGAUUUCAGUAAUGGAAACUGAAGUUGUCGAAACUCUGUGUAUGUUUGAAAGAUAUUUUCCACCAAACUUCUUUGAUAUCAUGGUUUAUUUGGUCAUACAUCUCGGAAGGGAGGCUAGACUAGGUGGCCCUGUUCAGUUUCGAUGGAUGUACCCUUUUGAGAGGUAUAUGAAAGUGCUAAAAGACUUUGUUAGAAACCCAGCAAGACCAGAGGGUUGUAUAGCUGAGUCUUAUCUAGCUGAAGAAUGUGUGAGGUUCUGUAGUGAUUUUCUUAAGAAGACAAUAAGUGUAGAAGAAAAACAAGAUAGGAAUACUGAGUAUGAGAGCAACUCUAUCCUGGAGGGGCAUCCAAUAUCAACAGCCACAACAUUUACUCUAUCUGAUAUGGAGAAGAAAAUAGCACAGCUUGCUGUCCUUCAAAAUACGGCUGUGAUACCUAUUGACUCAGAACACCAUGACGAAAUACUCAAAUGGUUGGCAUAUGGUCCUCGGACAAGUGCAAGGUCAUAUACAGAUUACAUAGUGAAUGGACAACGGUUUCACACUGCUUCAGUUUCUAGGCAGUGUCAAAAUAGUGGGGUUUUCUAUGAAGCAACAGCAAUGUGUAGAGCAAGUGCAAAGGAUACUUCACAAGUUGUUGAUUUAGUUUCAUACUAUGGGAGAAUAGUAGACAUUAUACUCUUGGAUUACAAUGUCUUCUAUGUUCCUUUAUUCCGGUGUCAAUGGGCAGUGAGAGGUAACGGAGUAAAAGUAGAAGAUGGGUUCACACUAGUUAACUUGAAUCAGAAUCAAGUUUCUUUUAUGAGGGAUCCAUACAUAUUGGCUUCUCAGGCUAAGCAAGUAUUUUACUCAAAGGAGAGUGAUGAAUCUGGUUGGUGUGUUGUCUUAAGAGGUCCUUCACGGAGAUACAAUGAGGAAGAGGAAGAAGAUGGGGACGCACAUAUUGGACCAUUGCCAUCAACUAUUCAAAUGGAUGUUCACUUAGAUGAAGAAGAAGAUUCUCAAAAUGCUCGGCCUGAAUGUGAUGGCAUAUAUGUGUGA